UUCCUUAGCUAGCUGGGCUUAGCUAGCGCUAGCUGGCUGUUAAGCAACAUUUCAACGGGACGGUGACAGAAAAACAUUUCGAUAUAAGCAACUGUCCUCAUCGUUACAGUUCCCAAACCUCGAAGAGGUAGCCAGGUUAGGUGUGUAAUGUGGCCGCUCUGUAAAAUCCGUUUUUUUUAACCGGUGCUAGCUAGCUCCAGGACGUUUAAAGCUCUCCUCAGGGAGCAGCGCUGCCGAGUCGUAACGGCGUGACAGGGUUGACAGCUGCGGGCCCCUGUGUGUGUGAGGAUAAUGUGCAGAUAUGGUGCCUUGUCAGACCCACGUGAUGCUACAGUGGCAGGAGCACCUGAACGGCUCUUGGGCCGUGGAGGACAGCAUGCGCACGGCCACCCGGCCCGGCGCAGCCCUGCUGUACAGCAAGCUGCUCCAGAGCAAGGAGCUGGUGGGCCUGGCUCAGCCCAUGCAGGACCUGCUGGGACCGCGCCUGCCGGACUUCCAGCAGGACGUUGGCGCUGAUGAGGAGCGGGAGGGCUACCUAUCCGCCCUGCUGCACAGCCAGCGGUGCCUGGGUCGCCGCGUGCUCGCCCGCACGCCCUACGCCCUGUCCCUGCAUCACCGGCUGCUGGUGCUGCAGAGGGUCUACUACGCACUCCACAGCAAGUACCACGACCGCUUCCGCGCAGCCCCGGCGCCACCGCCGCCGGCCUCCUCUGCCGUGGAUGGGGGUGCCCUGGAGCCUGCGGCCGAGCCAUGGCAGGCGGGCGGGGGGCGCGUCAAGUCGGGCACGGACGUGCUGAUCGAGAUGGGCGUGCGCACGGGCCUGAGCCUCCUGUUCGCUCUGCUCCGGCAGAGCUGGCAGCACAGGGGCGUGGAGGAAACGUCUGACGCUGCCCUCUGCAACGAGGUGCUGGGCACCGCUUCCUCCGUGCUCGCUGCCCUGCCCCCGCUCUCGCUGGCCAACGAGAACAAGAUCCCGGCAGUGGGGUUGGACUGCUUGGCUCAAGUGAGCGAUUUCUUGAAGAGGACAGCAGUGAGCAGCUCCGGGGCGGACCGGGCCGGCCGCCGCCUGGCGCUGGAGCUCCUCCUGGGCCUUGCCGUGCAGAGGGGCUCUCUGCGCUUCCUCCUGGAGUGGGUGGAGGUGGCUCUGGCUGCCUCUUCUCCGUUUUCCUCAUCGUCACCGUCCUCAUCGUCAUCAUCUUCAUCGUCACCUUCCUCUUCGGAGCCGCUGGGCGUCGGCUAUGAGCUCAUCACCCAGAUCAUGCUGCAGAUAUGGCAGUAUUCGGGUUUUCGUGGUGAUGUUGCCAACACUCAGGUGCUUAAGAAGGACGCAGAUGGCCUCUGCAGUCUCUCACAUGCAGCGCUCUGUCUCCUGGAGGAGAUCUGCGCCCUGGCGUCGAGCUGCCUGUGCUCUUGCAGUGUGGGCUCAGUCCCCAGCUCUGAGGGGGACGUGGUGCAGGUGUACGUGUGGGGCAGUAACAGCAGUCACCAACUGGCUGAGGGCACUCUGGAGAAGAUCCUACAGCCCAAACUGGCACACGGCUUUAGCCACGCACAGACGAUCGAGGCUGGUCAGUACUGCACCUUCUCCGUGUCGGCCGACGGCUCUGUGCGGGCCUGCGGUAAGGGCAGCUAUGGCCGUCUGGGCCUGGGCGACUCCAACAACCAGGCUGUGCCCAAGAAGUUGGCACUGGACCCCCCGCGCGCCGUGUGCAAGGUGUCCUCGUCCAAGGGCUCGGAUGGGCACACGCUGGCCGUCACGGCCGACGGCGAGGUCUUCAGCUGGGGCGACGGAGACUACGGCAAACUGGGCCAUGGUAACAGUGCCACGCAGAAGUACCCCAAGAUUAUACAGGGCCCCCUGCUUGGGAAGGUGGUGGUGUGUGUGUCUGCUGGCUACAGACAUAGUGCAGCAGUGACCAGUGAUGGAGAGCUGUACACCUGGGGAGAGGGAGAUUUUGGCCGGCUUGGCCACAGUGACAGUCACAGUAGGAAUGUCCCCACCCUGGUGAAGGACAUUAGCGGGGUGGGCCAGGCUGCCUGUGGUAGUUCUCACACCAUCGCUGUGUCACAGGACGGCCGUGUGGUCUGGUCCUUCGGAGGCGGAGACAACGGGAAACUUGGACAUGGGGACACGAAUCGUGUGUAUAGGCCCAAAGUGAUUGAAGCUUUGCAUGGUUACAUUAUCAGGAAAGUGUGUGCUGGCAGUCAGUGCUCACUGGCAUUAACUUCUGCAGGACAGGUGUUUGCCUGGGGCUGUGGUUCCUGUCUGGGCUGUGGCUCAUCUGAAACCACGUCUCUCAGGCCCCGCUUCAUAGAGGAGCUGAGCAUCACCAAGGUCAUAGACAUCUCGUGUGGAGACAGCCACUGUCUUGCCCUGUCCCACGAAAAUGAGGUAUAUGCAUGGGGCAAUAACGCCAUGGGCCAGUGUGGACAGGGACACACAUCCACGCCAGUCACCAAGCCUAAGAAAGUGAUUGGUCUAGAAGGGCUGUCAAUCCAGCAGAUCACAGCAGGCACCUCCCACAGCCUGGCUUGGACAGCAGUCCCCACAGACAGGCAGCUGGUGGCGUGGCACAGGCCGUAUUGUGUUGACCUGGAGGAGAGCACGUUCACCUACCUGCGCAGCUUCCUGGAGCGCUACUGUGACAGCAUCAGCAGGGACACACCUCCACCCCCAUUCUCCUCAAAGAGGGAGCACCACCAGUUCGUGCUGCUGUGUCUGAAGCUGCUGUCCAGCCACCUGUCGCUGGCCCACGCUGGGGCCACUGGUGCGGCCGUGCUGGGGGCCCAGGGCAGGCCCCUCCGCAACCUGCUCUUCAGACUCAUUGACUCCGACGUGCCUGAACGCUUACAGCAGGAGGUGAUGAACACAUUGUCGAUCGGAGCGUCUCUCUUGCUGCCGCCUCUCAGGGAGAGAACAGAACUGCUGCACUCACUCCUACCUCAGGGUCCAGAGAGCUGGGAGUCUCUCUCUAAAGGACAGCGUCUGCAGUUAGACAUGGUGCUGAACAGUCUCCAGGAGCAGAGCCACGUGGCUUGCCUGCUGGGGUUCAGCUCUCCGGGGGAGCUGGGUGCCGGCCUUGGCCUGCCCCCGACGCCGGACAGACCCACACACGCCUCCAGCUCCAGCACUGAGGCCCCAGACCACCUGCAUCUGGCUGAAGUCCUGCUCAAGACCCUCCUAUUAAGCAUAGGCUUCUACACGGAGCGUGCCUUUGGUGAGCUGGAGAAGAACAGUGACAAGCAGCAGUCUGUCUCUGCUCAGAAACAGACUGAAGCUCCAUCUCACUUCCACCACCUGCUGUCAGCACUGCACAAACACCUGCUGGCCCACUGUUACAUCUACACCAGCAUUGAGGACGACAGCAGUGUGAUGUUACUCCACAAGCACUUGUGUCUGCUGCUGCCAUGUGCGGGGGACACAUUCCAGAGGUCCACCGUUCUGCUGAAGGAAAGCUCACUGGACAAGCAUGUGAUUAAUAAACUACACACUGUGCUGUUUGGCUCAGUAGCAGGUAGUCUCCUGUGUCAGGUGAUGUACUCUGUGCUGUUGCUGCCUCUGGCUGUGGUUAAGCCCCUCCUCCCCCACCUGCUCACCCUGCUGGAGCACCUGAACACUCUGAACUGCUACCUGCCCUACACCUGUGUGCUGGAGGAGCUGGAGCUGGAGGACACGGCUCAGGAGGGACCAGAGGUCACAGCCCCCGCCCUUGACUCUGAGACACAUGACUGGGCAUGGCUUUUGGACUUAGAGAGGUGUGUGGCACUGGCGAUUGGUCGAUGCCUGGGUGGGAUGCUCCAGGGCCCUCCCCCUUCCAUCCAGGAAAAGAUGGCAGAGUUUUGGCUCUCGAACCCACUGCUGAGGAAUGGACUCGAGAUGAACGCCGAACGGCUGGACUGGGCCAUUGGCCGGCUGGGUGAGGCGGCGCCGCUCGGCUGCGGGGACACCUGGCUGACCGAACUGCAUCUGUCUGCUGAGAAUGCCACGCUGGUGGAGCUGGCGCUGGGUUCCCCUCGAGAGCCCGCCAGCGCCCUCUGGAGGAAGGUGAAGGAGUACGCCGCCAGCCGAGACUGGGACGGUGGAGUUACAGUGGGAGAUGCUCUGCUGGAGACGGCAUGUCGCUGCAGUCUUGCUGCUCUGCUGAAGCACACAGGCCUGCAGGACGUGGCCUACCGGCAGGACAGGUACGAGCCCUGUGAUGUGCUCAUAGAGGUCUAUGAGGCAGUGUACAAGAUCCGCAACACUCUUCUUUUUCACAAAGACAACCCUGGAAAUGCAGGCAAUACACUUCCUACGAUGGUCACUAAACAGAGCUCGGCAGAAUCCCAGAGCCCAGGAGAGGAUGGGCAGGAGGCGGGUGUAUCUGGAGAGCAGACAGGGAGAGAACCGGAGACAGGCGGCCAGGACGUGAACAUAGCCGAACACAACCAGGACGAUCCUCCAGAGGACGAGACACCCAGCAUCAGUAUGUACUUGCCGGAGGUGCUCCAGUCCUUCCUGGCUACACGUGAGGCGAUGCAGCUGCAGCAGAGCGAGACGCUGUACGAGUCCUCGGGCACCAGCACCCUGCCCAGCAGCACAGAGAGCCCAGGCAGCCCUGACAGAGGGCCAGCACACAGGCCCUGGGACAUCCAGCCCCCGGCCCAGCACAGCCUGCCCUUCUCCACAGCCUGCCACCUCGUGGUCAACCGCUGUCUCUUCCUGCUGCUGGGUGUCAGGCCAGCCUGGCAGGACCAAGGCCGGUCUGUGGAGACACACACCGAGAGCACCACCAGGGGACCGACAUACUUUUUUGAAGACCAAGGCAUCAGAGGAGAGUUUUCUGCUGCUCCGGACGGUCUGAAGCACAGUGAGAGAGAGAAGCCAGACCAGUCUGUGAGCUCCUCUGCUCCAGCCAAGAACAAGAUUGGUUUACCGUUGUGUUCUCUGGGCAUCAUGAAGGGUGCCUGGGAGAGACUACGCCAGUGUAUCAGCCCCACUGUACCGCUGACCACAGAGACUGAGACUGCACCCUUGCUGGAACAGGUGCUGAGCUUCUUGUGUGAGGGACUAUUGAGGACAUCUGCCUUGGUGGAGAGGGUGUCGGGUUGCCAUGCCGACCCCAGAGCCAUCCCUCUGGCCAUGACGCAGCAACAGCAGAGGGCUGAGAUGCGUCUUGAGGCCUUGUGUCAGAUCUCUUCCUUCCUGGCUGAGAUGGAGGAGAAGAGCGGUGAGCUUGGCUCUGUGGCACCCCCACGCUUCCCAGGUCUCCUGCAGUCGGUGCAGCUCUACUUUCUGUCCGGCUGUUUUGGGCUGGGAGCUCCCAUCACAGGCAGUCAGACAGCACCCAGCGACAGGAUGUACCACUACACUGCUGGCACCCAGUCGGCCUCUAUGAGUGCCCAGAGAGAGCUUCAGGCUGCAGCACACACACUCUACCAGCAGGUGGUGUGUGUGCUCAAGCAAAAAGUAGCCCUGGAGAAGAGGCAGAAGGGCUCGUGCCAGCACCUGAUACUGGCUGCCGUGUUUGCGCUGAACUUCCAGUACCAGCCGGCGGACCUGGUGGUGAUGGUGAGACAGGGUGUGCUGGAGCUUCUGGCUGUGCUGACCCAGAACACCUGUGUACAGGUGAGCCAGCGCUGGCUGGCUGCGUCCGCCUCUGGGAAUGCCCUGCUGGGCGGAGCUGUGAGACUGGCCUCCGCACGCCUCCUUCAGAGCAUCGUCAUGACCGCCAGCUCCUAUGAUAGUGCCUUGCCACUGGAUGUGUCCCAGGCUUUGAUGGACGUGAUGUGUGAACAGCUACAGGGUCUGUUACACACACUCCACCAGCAGGAGGCGCUGGAGAGCAGAGUGGAGGUUGACUCUGAGCAUGAGCUCAGUCCGAGAGCACAGAGGUCAGAGGUGUGGCGCAGUAGUAAAGUUGCGGAGUCCCAGCUUGCCGACUUCCUGGUCUUCCUCCGGCGUGUCCUGUCGCUAAGCACCACCCAGAGAGCAUCAUCCAUCUCCAGGUGGAUCGAGCCUCUCAUGACCAUCGUGUCCUACCACAGCUCCUCAGGUAACCCUCGCUUCCGUAACCUCCGCACGAAACUCUUGGCCUUCCACAUCCUGGAGGCGUUACUUCCCGCAUGCACGGACCCGCUGCACAUGAAGCAGAUUGUGGAGCGUCUAUUUGACCUUCUCUCCGCCUACAUGUGGGAGGAGCCUCUGGCAAUGAAGACAAACGCAGAAAAUAUGCGUGAUGGUUCAAAGAAGGAGAGCAUCAGUGAGGACGAGUGUAUUCCUAUUGGUGAUUUCUCCUUUGAUCCUCACAAACUGGUCUGCUGUUCUCUGGAGAGUGGGAACAUUCUCUCUCAUGGCUCAGGGGGCAAAGGUUAUGGCCUGUCCACUACCGCCAUCACUGCUGGCUGCUUUGCCUGGAAGUUCUACAUCACGAAGGAGAACCGUGGCAAUGAGGGUACGUGUGUGGGCGUUUCCCGCUGGCCCAUCAGCGACUGUAACCACCGCACCACCACAGACAUGUGGCUGUACCGCGCCUACAGCGGCAGCCUGUACCACGGGGGUGAGCUGGGCCGCGCUCUGCCCUCCUUCACCCAGGGCGACACCAUCACCUGUGUCCUGGACAUGGAGGCACACACCAUCUCUUUCGCCAAGAACAACCGGGAGCCCAAGCUGGCGUUUGAGGGGGUGGACGCCACCGAGCUCUACCCCUGUGUGCUCUUCUACAGCAGUAACCCAGGAGAGAAGGUGGCGCUGUCUGACCUUCAGAUGCGGGGAAUGCCCAGUGACCUGUUGCCGGGUGACCCCCUGUGCAGCCCGCGGGUCACUGUGCUGCUAGAGGCCAGCGUGCACCUUCUGAGGAGGCUCCAGCAGAGUGAAGACUGGGCUGCACCCAUCAGCCUGCACAUCACACACAGGCUGAAACGCAUUAGUGCUGUCCUGAGGGAGGGAGCGCAGAGUAGACACGGUGUAGUGGGGGAGAGAGAAAGGAGUCCCCGGGACAGCUGCACCUCCACAGCGAGUCCCGAGCUGCUCGCUGGCCCCGCCUGCCUGUCUGACACCCAGCUCAGCGUGCUGUGUGCGGAGGUGUGGCCUGUCCUGGCCCUGAUCGGAGGAGUGGACAGUGGGCUCCGGGCGGGCGGGGCUUGUCUGCACAUGCCCAGUGGGCGUCGGGCCACUCUGUUAGGAGUGUUGAAGGAGGGCAGUAGCCUGGCAAAGUUACAGUGGGAGGAGGUGGAUGUGAGUGUGAGCUUCCUGAAUUCUUGGUCACCCAGUGACACGCCGCUCUCGUCCCUGGAGCCCUGGGACACAUCUCAGCUGGACAUGACCCGCUGCGCGGGCCUCACCCCUGCCGUGCUCUUUGACCUCAUCCUUCUGACGGGCGUGCUAGAGGAGGAGCCUGAGUCCGGGGACGGAGCUGGAGCGGUUUUGGGGAGGUCCCGGGACCCGAGCGUCUCGGAGGACGGCCCACGGAGCGAUUUGGAGCAGCGACUGGACGAAGACAUCGCACGCGUGAUGAUGCUGGACGAAGGAACGCCCGUUCCACUGGAUGACACGAAGCGGGAGGAUGAAGCGCGACAAGGAGAAAUGGACUCCCCCAGCUCCCCGAAACCCUCUGCAGAUGAGCAGAACAUCGCCCCCUGCCUGCCAGCACAGCCUAAACCAGACUUAUUUGCCCUGGAGCUUCGCGCCGUGCGUGUGUCUUACCUCCUCCUGGGGGCGCUCAAGUCCCUGGCUGUGAUCCUCAACUGCAGCAAGUUCACCGACCUCCUCCUGGUGCCCCGAGCGGAGGGGGCGGUGGGCCCCGGGCUGGGCACCCCCGACCCGGGCAGGUGCCCCGCCGCUGGCGAGCAGAGCGGCGAAGUGCGGCCCAUGCUGCAGCUACUGGUGCGCAGCAUGGUGAAGUGGGCCGUGAGACCCUGCCCCAUCAAGCAGCCCGUGACCCUGGCUGACCUGGAGCGAGCGCAGGUCAUGAUCUUUAAAGGUGCCGUCAGCAGGUUGCAAGAGGACGGUGCUGGGAAAGACAACAAAGAUCCAGCAGGCCAUGCCUCCUCCCAGCCGGUGUCAAAGUCUUCCAGUUCCAUCUCUCUGCACAGCAACGGUUCGGAUGGGACCGCCAUCUUCGGCCAGUCGGCUUCCUCCUCCACCAAUGACCUGACAACUUCCCUCCUCACUGCUCUGCAGGCUGACGGCCUGGAGAACUUUAACCCUUUCCUUCCCAUCAGCCUCCUACAGCGGAUGGUCCUGGCCCGCUUCCCUGCACUGGCUGGUCUGGUCCACAGCCCCAUGCUGCCUCCGGGACUCACGCUUGCAGGCUCCGCCUCCUGCACAGGAUUUGCUGAACAGCAGACCAGCUUCCUGGAGCCCUGCAGCCAGACCAGGACCCCUGUGGACCACCCCCAGGUGUUUGUGCCUGUAGGGUUGUUGGAAAUGGGCUUCUCUGUCAGACACAUCUACAGGGCCAUGGAGGCGGCAGGGGUCACGGGGGAGGUGGACUCUGCCACGAUUGAGAUGCUGGCUAGCUGGAUGCUGGAGCAUCCCCUGACUGAGGACCAGCUGGCAGCAGGGGGCGCCACUGAGACGCCCUCGUCAGAUGGACCAGACACAGUACAGUGCCCAGAGUCCCCAGCUGUGCUCAGGGAACCCAACGAGAGUCUGUUAGCUGGCCUGGAUCUGGUGGAGAGGGAGAACUUCCUAGACGUCCAUCUGACGAGGAACCGGCCUCCCCCUGCGCGGAGACAACGCUCGGGACUGAGCCAGCGCACCUCCUUCAGGAGAGCAGACUCUCCGUCGCCCAGCCCGGUGCCCACCCUAUAUAGGCAGGAAAUGGGCGUGCCGGAAUGGCCUGAGAGGGCGGAGACUCACCCGUUUGCGGCGGAGGAGGAGGCGGAGCUUGGCUACAUGGACGACUCCUACCAGGAGGAGCCGUACGAGGAGCUACUGACGCCGGAGUUCAUCAGCUCCGAGCGGGACACGGUGUGGAUGGUGGAGGGAGGGGAGGACCCCUCAGAGGCUCGUGAGAUGGUGGAGUGUGAGCUGUGCAACACCCUCACCAUGCGCUUCAACGCCCACAUGAAGUGCCACCACCCCGGCUGCGGCCAGAGCGCCGGCCGCCGCGGUUACCGCAGCAACGGAGCCUACGUGGACGGCUGGUUCGGUGGCGAGUGCGGCUCUGGCAGCCCCUAUUACCUGCUAUGCUCCACCUGCAGGGAGAGAUACCUGCAGGCCAGCCUGGGAGAGCUCAGCUCCAGACGGGACAGAAUGAGGGGUCCGGCAUCAGAUCUGAUUGGUCAGCUGGACAGCACCUCUGAUGAUGAGUGGGAUCCCGGGUACCAGGAUGACUCGGACUGUGAGCGUCUAACGGGUUUGGAGGAUUUUGGGGUUCUGCUGAGGCCACUGGGGCUCAGUGAGAAGAAGUUGAUCCCUGACCCUAUCCUCUUCUCUGAGCCCGACCCGCUCGGGGCCCUCAUCACAGGAGACAAACAGCUGCAGUACAAAGGUGUCGGCGUGGUGAGUACUGAGCUGAAGGCUCCGGCGUGUGUACUCACUCUGGGGGAACAGGCAGCCUCUCUGCGGGAGCCCCAGGACAGAUUGGUGGCCCUGCGCAGAGUCACCACCACCGCGCAGGUCCUGCUGGCCUACAGCAUUGUGCUCAGAGCCCUGUCUCAGACCUCCACCAGUAGUUCAGUGUGUAAUCAUUCCAGCGGUUUGGAGGCUCUGGGUCUAGGGGACAUUCGCAUCCUGGUGCGGCUAAUGUGCUUAGCAGCCGGGGGGCGUGUCCACAUGGGAGUGGACCAGCAGCCCAUUGGUCGGGGCUCUGCAAGUGACCAUUCAGGCUCUGCCUUCCUGUCCUUCCUCAGCUCUGCCAUUGGCAGCUUGGUGUCUCACAGUCCCACAGCAUACAGAGAGCUGGUGGACAUCUGCACACAGGACCUGAUGGCUGCUGCUACAGGUACCAGUCUGGGAGCCAUCGCUGACCCGCAGCAGAGAGUGCGCCUCGGCGGUAACCUGAAGGGAUCCCUGCGGGACACCAGAGAGCUCACACCACCCAACUUCCUGGUGACCCAGAGCCUGGUGUCGCUUCUGACGGAGAAAGGAGUUCGCUACCGCUACAGUGCAGAGAGAUCAGAGGUCACAGACGCCAAAGAGGCCGGCAGCCCUCUGACCCCGGGCCCUGUCCUGCCCCAGCCGGCAGUGCGUGUCGGGCCCCUGGAGCUGGCCAACGCCCUGGCCGCGUGCGCCCUGUCAGCUCGCCUGCUCUCCCGCCAUCGACAGUGGGCUGCACGGCAGGUGGUACAGGCGCUGGCCACCUCCGAGCGGGACAGUCCUGUACGGCCCCACAUCUACAGCGACAUGGCCGGAGACCUGCGCAAGUGUCCCGUCAGGAAGAUGGAGGCUCACCUCGGGAGGGUGACAAGCUGCAUUUGGAGUUCAGAGCAGGGCCUGCUGGCUACUGGCUCUCAGGACGGGACAGUUCGUCUGUGGGAUGUCUCUCCCAACACAUCCGACCUGCUCCACACACACACCUGCAGCAGUGAGGCUGCUGCAGGUUCAGAUAGCUCUGUGGGAACUCACCUGCUCUCCCAGGUCAUGUGGAGCUCACGAGGAACACUGUUGGCCACCUUCCAGAACAAACUCAUUAACAUCUGGACCGUCCGUGGCACCCAGGUUCACGCACAGGCCCAGCCCUCCUGGGUGACAGCCAUCUCCUGGGCCCAGAGUACCCCACCUUUCCCCGAUGAGAGCACCUCGGGCCAGCCGCACCCCGCCGAGAGCCUGCUGGUGGGCAGGCUGGACGGCUCCCUCUGCUGGCUGGAGGUCUUGGAGGAGGGAGGAGGAGGCCUUCGGGUCCGGAGCACAGAACUGCCUCAGUGCCAGAGAAAAGAAGCUCCUCAGUGCAUGGCCUGGUUCAGUACUGAUAAACCCUUUGCUGUGGGUUUCCCUGAUGGGAAGAUUCUGCUCGCGGUGGCUGAGAGCUAUGACACAGAACAGCCAAUACUGCUUACAGCAUUCAAUGACAGUGUCACUGUUCUAAAAUGGGACCCUACGGGUCACCUGCUUCUGUCGGCGGGUCGUUCGGAGGUCGUGAAGGUCUGGGGUCGUGCCGGCGGGUCAUGGGUCAUCCUGCACUCCCUCUUCCACACGGGCACGGUGAACACGGCUGAGUGGUGCCCACUUCCUGGCUGGGGCACUGAGCCGCGUCUCAUGAUGGCUGCCGGGUGCCAGAAUGGUCUCCUGUAUGUGUGGACUGUUCCACAAGGGGGCACUAGCGCAUCAGUGCCCAGUUUCCACGGCACCUUGGGCAGCCAGGAAAGGAGCGGCGUGGUGAAGCGUGGCAAUGUGAAGUGUGUGUUCAGACUGAGUGGACACAUCACAGCGAUAAAGACACUGUCCUUCUGUCCCAGUGGACUCGCUCUUGUCUCGGGAGGAAUUGGCGGACUCCUCAAUGUUUGGUCUCUGAGGGAUGGUUCAGUCCUACAGACUUUGGUGACAGGGCUGGGCUCAGUGGUCUGUACCACCUGGAUACCACAUGUGGGUGUUGCUGCCUGUUCUGGCAGGUCAAAGGACGUACUGCUGAUCCGAUGCAGUCCGGACUGGAUCUCCCAGAACCACGUCCUGGCCUCCUGCCGCACUGUACUGCGCACCCAGGGAAUUCUGGGACUGAACCGUGCGCCCUGCAUGGCUGUGUUCCUGGAGCGCCUCCCUCUGCUCAUGCAGGGGCAGUACACCUAUGAGAAGAGUCACGUGUUGGCAGGGGAUCAGCUGACUCACAGCAGUUUCAUGCAGAGUCUGGCCUCCCUGGCCGUGGGUCUGGGUCUGGACCAGCUACUGAGCCAGCAGCCUGUACCGCCCCACCACCACCCCGCCCUCACCAUGUCCGGCCCUGCCUCCCAGUCCGAAUGGGGCUGGCUCUCCGCCUUCGCCAUCACGGUUAAGAGUGCCGAGGCGAUAGCCCGUGGGACACCCUUCCCAGAAGCCUUUGGCGUGCCAGAGUUCCAGCAGCCUGCGGCCGCCGAGAUCUCCAGGGCCCUGGACAACAGCAAGUGGAGCUUCAUGAUGGACGAACAACUCAUGUCGUGGGCUAGUAACAGACCUGAGGAUUGGCAGCAGGGUGGGAAGAGUGAGGUGUAUCUGUGGGGUAAUGGCCGCUAUGGGCAGCUUGCUGACGCUGGCACCAACGUUUCGGUCCCCACCCUCGCUCCCUCUCUCUCUCAGACACAACAGGUGGUGUGCGGACAGAACUGCACCUUCCUGGUUCAGGUCAACGGGGCGGUCCUUGCCGUGGGGGAGGGCAGCUACGGUCGUCUGGGGCAGGGCAACUCUGAUGACCUGUACACGCCUACGGUCAUCUCUGCCCUGCAAGGCUACGUGGUAACUCAGUUGGUGACGUCGUACGGCUCGGACGGUCACUCUUUGGCACUGACGGAGACGGGCGAGGUGUUUAGCUGGGGUGACGGGGAUUAUGGGAAACUGGGCCACGGCAACAGUGAGAGGCAGCGAAGGCCCAAACAGAUCGAGGCUCUGCAGGGUGAAGAGGUGAUGCAGCUCGCGUGCGGGUUCAAACACUCCGCUGUCGUCACGGCUGACGGGAAACUCUUCACGUUCGGCAGCGGAGACUCUGGGCGCCUAGGUCAAAGGUCAACCUCUAACAAGCUGCUGCCAGAGAGGGUGGCCGCACUGGAGGGCUGCCACAUCGCACAGGUGUCGUGUGGCAUUAACCACACACUGGCACUGUCGUCGGACGGGAUGACCCUCUGGGCCUUUGGUGAUGGGGAUUAUGGGAAGCUCGGCACUGGACAUUGCACAGUCAAGUGCUAUCCCCAGAAAGUGGACGCACUCUGUAAUAAGGGCAUAAAGAAGGUGGGGUGUGGGACGCACUUCUCGGUGGUGCUGACCAAAGACGGACACGUGUACACGUUUGGUCAAGAGCGUCUCAUAGGGCUUCCCGACUCCAUGCUGAAGAACCACAGCUGGCCACAGGUGGUACCUGCACUGGAGGGUGUCUUCAUUGAGGACAUCGCCAUGGGCUGUGAGCAUGUCCUUGCCCUCUCCAACACUGGAGAUGUGUACGUGUGGGGCUGCAACUGUGAGGCUCAGUUGGGUCUGGGUCACUCCAGUCCUGUGAAGGAACCCACACUGGUCACAGCUCUUCAGGGCAAGAAUAUCAGACAAAUCUCUGCUGGCCGGUGCCACAGCGCAGCCUGGACUACACCGUGUUCAUCAUCCAGGAGCUCAGGUUCGGCGGUGUUGCGUGUGGGUCUGCCCCAGGCCGUGCCGCCCCAGUACAACACCCUGAGGGGCUGCAGUCCGGAGCAGCUGGCCACACGUCUGCGGGUGCUGCACCACUUCUCUGACCUCAUGUACAGGUCAUGGAGGCUCCUGAACCUGGACCCACGCAACCAGGUGCCCUCGUCCCGCUACAGCGUGGGCACAGCUGCCAUUGUGCAAGGCCAGCUCCGCGGCCUCCUGUCCCCCAAGGUCAACACACUGCCCCUGGUACGCUCCAUCGGCCGGACCAUGACUCAAGGCAAAACCUACGGACCCCAGGUCACCGUCAAGAGAAUCUCCACCAGGGGGCGCUCCAGCAAGCCCAUCUUUGUGCAGAUUGCUAAGCAGGUGGUGAACGUGAACCCUUCAGAACUGCGUCUGCCCUCCAGGGCCUGGAAAGUCAAGCUGGUGGGCGAGGGGGCGGACGACGCAGGGGGCGUGUUUGAUGACACCAUCACCGAGAUGUGCCAGGAGUUGCAGUCUGGUGUGGUUGAUCUCCUCAUUCGCACUCCCAAUAGUUAUGCAGAUGUGGGCAGUAAUACUGAUAGGUACCUGCUGAACCCGGCGGCCGUCUCUGAUGAGCACAUGGCGCAGUUCCGUUUCCUGGGCAUCCUGUUGGCGGUGGCCGUGCGUACCAGAAAGCCCCUGGACCUGCACUUGGCCCCGUGGGUGUGGAAACAGUUGUGCUGCAUCCCGCUGGGCGGAGCCGACCUGGAGGAGGUGGACCUUCUCACCUACCGCUCCCUGCAGGGCAUUCUCCACUUGGACGACAGCAGCAUCGACGAGGAGAACUUCACAGUGAUGAUACCUCUGGACUCCUUCGUGGCCCACAGUGCCGACGGGAAGCUGGUGCCAGUGGUGCCCGGUGGGCAAAAUCUCCCACUGACAUUCCAGAACAGGACUGAGUAUGUGGAAAGGGCACUCGAGUACAGGCUGCAUGAGAUGGACCGACAGACUGCGGCGGUGAGGGACGGCAUGUCCUGCAUUGUCCCGGUUCCUCUGCUCUCUCUUCUGACGGCCCGACAGCUGGAGCAGCUGGUCUGUGGUCUGCCUGAGGUCUCCGUGGAGACGCUCAAGAAAGUGGUCCGAUACCGGGACAUCACCGAAAGCCACCAGCUGAUUGGCUGGCUCUGGCAAAGCCUGGAGGAGUUCACCAAUGAGGAGAGGGUGCUGUUUCUGCGUUUUGUUUCUGGCCGCUCCAGGUUACCAUCCAACCCGGCGGACAUCACGCAGAAGUUUCAGAUCAUCAAAGUGGAUCGGCCUGUGAAUGGCCUCCCCACUGCUCAGACCUGCUUCUUCCAGCUACGUCUGCCGCCCUACACCAGCCAGGCAGUGCUAGCCGAGCGCCUACGCUACUCAAUCCACAACUGUCCCUCUAUAGACAUGGACAACUACAUGCUGUCUCGCAACACGGACCCCGCUGAUGUCUCGGACACAGAGCACUGAUGCCCUACCCCUAGCAUGAUUGCCCUAGCCCGGCACAUUGGGGUUUAAAAUGCCUUUGGUUUGGUCUGGGUUUAUUUUAUUUCUUCUUUUUUAUUGUCUCUGGUUACUCUUUCUUACUGGUGCGAUAAAGAAGUGUGUCUCUCCUGUGGUUCCAGCCAAGAGCCCUGGAACAGUCCACUAUAUAUUUAUUUGAAUUCUCUGCUUGAUACAGAAUAUUUCAAAUGUAAGUCUUGGCUACAAGAAAAUACUUUAAAAGAAAAAAUCGAGGCAGGAAAAUAUGAAUGUACAAACUUGCAAGCGUAUAAACUGAAAUAGUACAUGGUCUACGUUCAGGGUCCGUAAAGGCCUGUAUCUCGAAUAGCUGCUAUGAAAGGUUGGCUUGACAGAGGGGUGAGGUGGGUUUACUGUCACGGGCUCCCGGAUGGCUGUCCUCUCCACCACCUCAGAGUGUUUGGACCUGGGACGGAUGUUGAGCAUGAGAUGAAGGGCAGGGAGGGUGUUUGGGUCUGUGUAGAACAACUUGUGUUUAUUACGUCUCACUGAAACUCAGACUGGGGCUUCCAAACUUGAGUGAAUGUAUAGUCGCAAAAUGCCUACAUGCGCAUGUCCACUCCUGCAUGGACAUAACUAUGGCAAGCAGUUUUAACAUUUAUUGAUCUGAACAAAUUUGCAUUAAAUAUUUCUGUAAUUCAUUUAUAACUAGACAUAACACCAAUUCAAGAUAUCACUAAUUACAUUUUGACCAGAAUGAAUGACGUCACGUUUGCAGUUGGUUUGUAAGGGAGCUUCAAUUCAAGAUAUCUGAAAUUCAUUACUGAUGACAUACAAUAUAAAUUUAAGAUAUGCAGUAUAUUAUCACUUGUCAUAAUGCAAAUUAUAGAUAUGUUCACUUUGCUUUUGUUUAGUUGUAAGUCUAAUUCAAGAUAUCUCACAAUUUAAGUUCCUAAAUGUAUUUUUAGAUAUCUGAAAACAAACUUUCACUAGUGCAAAUUAAAUUGUAGAUAGCUUGAAUGUAAAAUAUGACUAGUCAAAACUGAAUUAAAGAUAUCCUGGGUUUGAUGUAGACUUAGUCUAAAGUCCUUUUAAGAUAUCUGCAAAGAAAUGAUGGAUAUCUUGAAUGUGUUGUAAACUUGUAUCUUGAAAUAUUAUUCUGACUAGUCAGAUGUACGUAACAGAUUUAUGUAGCCGAUUUUAGCACGAAAACCCACCCCUGUGGUGGAAUAAAUAAUACACUUUGUUAGUUUUACUCUGUAAAAAGGGUUUAGUAUAAACUUUACACCCUAACUUAUGUUUGGACUGACAGAUUCGUGUAGUUCCCUUUUAAUGUUAAUGAUCAACUGAUCAAUUCAAAAUGUGUUACACGGUCCAUAAUGCAUACGAUUUCUCAGAUAUCUGAAAAUGUCGUUUAUACUAGACGAAUGAUCUAAUUAUCAUUUCGGUUUUCUGACGCUUCAAAUGACGAUCCUGAUGAUGUAAUUGAAGAUCUUAAAAUAUAUUUUGACUCCUCAAAAUGUAAUUGUUGAUAUCUUAAAUUUCCAUUCUUACUAGCAGGAUUGUUAAUGCAGAUCCUUAAUUGUCAUUUUGAAUAGUCAAUUCGAAAUCUUACUAAUCAAAAUUCCUUUGUGGAUGAUUUCAUUAAAUUUUAUUAUGGGUAGUCAGAUGAAACCGACUAUAGGUUAGAACCGCUUGCCACACAUGUCCAGUCCUACACGCACAUGUUCACUCCUACAUGGACAUACCCACUCCUACACACACACAUCCAGUCCUACACACACACAUCCACUCCUACAUGGAUAUACCCAC